GUGAGUUGAAACUGUACACUACUGUACACAGAUAACAACAAUAAACCCGAGGUGAUAUGAGAUCAUCAGACACGCCGCUUCACAAAACAAGAGAGGGUGAGAAAUUAGACGGUGCCACCUGUUAGACAGUCGGCGAAGACAAUCACUUUGACUAGAUGUCGCGUAGGGCGCGGUGUUUUGUUCUUUAUUUUCAUUCCGUGAUGUCAACAUUAGAAAUCGGGAGAGCGUCUUUGGGUGUGAAACUUGCAGAUUAGCUAGACAUGUUAGCUUUUGUUAUCUGGGUGUGUCGCGUGCCAUGAGCAAUCAAUACCUACUGAGACUGAGGAAAGCUCGUUUUAAUUUCGAUAAGGAGGAAUAUACAAAAGUAAUAAACACCAGAAUAGGAAGUGAAGGAGGAGGAACCAUUCUGAAUCACUUCUUCGGGAAUUCAUCAAGAAUUACAGCUUUCACAAUGGAUGAGACACCACAAAGCGUAAGAGGAGAUGCCGGUCCUGUGGAUGACAAAGAAUCAAGAUGGUCAGAGACAGUCGAGAAUACUGACUCUCCAAGCGUCGGAGGUCGAGUACGACUCUACUCUGAGUCCCAGGUGCACACGGUGAGCCGCUGGGAAGAUGCUGAGCUCCAGGAUGGAAUUUCAGCUGAAGAGAGCGGAGGAGCUUCAGACGGAGCCCCAUUCCGAGGCCGAUCCCAAUCUGCUCCUGCUGCACUGUGGAAAGCUAAGAAGUAUGGACGACAGCUGAGGAGGAUGAGUGAUGAAUUUGACACCUGGCUGGACAGAGGGGACAUAAGGAGAGUGAGCAGUCCUGGGAAAGUGUCACAGAAGCAAUCCAACCGUGGGUGGUUCUCCUUCCUCUGGGGAUCUAGAGAGGAGGAGGAGGAGGGAAGAGAAUAAAAUUUCACACAGCUAAAAUAGAGUGAAAAGUGAAGCAACAAUCAUCAAGACGAAGGCUGGUCAUGUUUGUCACCAGUAUGGCCUUUUCAUCAAAGUGCUAGGCCAAACUCCUUUUAGAAUUUUUUUUUUUUUUAAUUCUAUGAAAUUACAGGAGAAAGGUGCUAAACAUUUGACCACUGCAAUACCUAAUGUAACGAAUUGUUUUUAGAUUUGACAAUCUUAACUGACAAUCUGAUAUUUAUGGACAAUCUCAUACUUACUGAUAAAAUUCAACCCCUAAAUAUUUAUGAAUUAUUUAUUACUUUGUACCCUUUAAUAUUUGGUAAGAAAUGUGAUAUAUUGUUCUAUGAUGUCUAUGAUUGUUCUAUAAAUGAAUAUAUAUAUAUAUAUAAAAAAAUAUGUUGAGUUUUAAACAUGUGUCUUAUUGAAGGUUUUAAAGGAAUUGUUGGGAAAAUGUAAAUAUAUUGCAAGUGACUCCAAAAGUCACUGAAACAGCCUGUGAAAGUCGUGUGUAGUGGUGGUUAAUGAUGCGGGUAUUGGUCUAAUUCAGUCAGGUUCGUCUCAGGGUUUUCUUUUAUCACAGCAUUUGCUGUUGCUUUCGUUAUUGUUUCCAUUUUAAUAAGACAUCAACUGGAGACCUGAGUGCAUAAUGUGUUUAUGAAAUGUUUUUGGAUUUCACACCUUUUCAUGUUUCAAGAGCUGGUGGUUGUCUUUGGCCUUUUAUAUACACACACAGUACUGGACUUUAGCAGAUUGGGUUAAAUUGCUUUGUAUGCAAAAGUACAGUGAAUUCCAGCCAAACGUUUGCUUCAGCAAAUCAUUACAGAUGGAAAACCCAAAUGCUGUGUAAGCUGGUCUUGAAUCUCUUAUUCAUUUUGUUGAUGCCUUACUUGAAAUGUGUUUCUGUGUGUCUUUUUCACAAGCUCUUGGUAAGAAUUUAUACUGCAUUAAAUAUAUUGUGAUGAAGCUGUUUGUAUAACAAUUUGUUCUAUUUGUGUCAUUGUUUAAUUUAUUAUUUGUGAUCGAAAAUAAAAUUCUGAACUCCAUAAA